AGCUGGCUGGGGGCGGGGAGGCUCUGCACACGCUCUCGCUGCCAAGGGAGAGGGGAGCCCGGCGGCCUGCGCUGGCUCCUCACCCCCUGCGCUGGGGGAGCGCGUGGCGGGAGGCGGCCGCAGCCAGCCGGGGGAGGAGGCAGGGGCCGCCGACCGCGGAGCUGGAGCCCUGACGCCUGCCAUGGAGAGGAAGCCGGGCGGCGAGGAUGACUGCGUGGACUCGGGAGCCGAGACAGGAGGAUCUGAGUACAGCCGCAUGUCCUCUACAAGCAGUGAACUUUCUGUGGAAGGCAAUCAGGACCCUUUCCUUGUUAGUAUACAUAUCAUUGCAGACCCUGGUGAAUCCAAAGUUCUCCAGCAAGCCAUUGAUAAACUGUUAGCAUGGAUCCAUCCAGACCUCCAGUUGUUCCGAGUCUCAGAAAGACGGGUCUCAAGGAAGCACAGGAAGUCUGGUAAGGCUGCUGUUUCUCAGCCAGCCCUUGCAGUCAUUCUGUUUCUGCAGGAGGAAUAUGGAGAAGAACCAAUCUUACAGCUCCAUGAAACCUUUCAGAGACCACCUUGGCAUUACCACCAUACAGAACGAGUGCAAGGCAAGUUCCUCCCUUACAUGCCAUGCAGUCAGGACUUCUUCACUUUGGCCCAUGGGACCCCUUUGUGGGCCAUCCGCCCAGUGCAUUAUGGGAGAGAAAUUAUCCGCUUUGCCAUAUACUGCAGGAAUGAAAACUUUAUUGACAUUAUGAAACUGUACCAGUUAAUCCUGAAAAGACCGGUGUGUCAGAAAAAGGCGGACUUUUGUGUCUUUCCUGUCUAUUCUAACAUGGAUAUAGACAUUCAGUUCUCUUUAAAAAGACUCCCUAAGGGCCAGAUUCCAACCCCUACAGAGUCAGCGGUGCUGGAAUUCCGAGUAGAAGAUGUUGGACAGCUUGUUCCUCUCUUGCCCAAUCCUUGUAGCCCAAUCAGUGAAGGCAGGUGGCAAACAGAAGACCAUGAUGGGAAUAAGAUCCUCUUGCAGGUGGAAAUUUCCUUUCUUCUGUCAACAUGCAAAACGUUAACUAGCAGCCCUGGAUUCUUCUCAUCAGAUCAGGCACGUAUUUGGUAUAGGAAGUCUGCUAAGCAGAACAAGCUUCAUUUCCCAUCUUCAAGGGAUUCCCAUUUCACUCCUUCACCAAGCUACAUUUCUCAUAGUCACAGACCUGCCCCUGAUCAAACUAGUGAGCAUCUGAAAUCAGCUGGUCAAAUCAAGCUGCAUCGGGCAAAUGGCCUGGGUCAGUACCUUGGCAUCUCCCAGCAGGACUUGAGAAAUGGUGACCGAGGAGACUUCACCCGAAGAUCCAGUAGUGCCUCCAGCAUUUCAUGGUCAUUUCAGCGAAGCAAGUCUCUGUUCUGUUUGCCCACAACAAGCUCCUCUCCGGCCUCUGACUCCUUUAACUUUAGUGAACCGUUUCAGAAUUUAAAUACUGGGUCAUCUGUGAACAGGUUAAAAACAUGGAGAUGCAGCCCCAAGCUUAACAUUGAGGACUUGGAGGGUUCACAGGAGACUGAUGUCGACACAGGGAUGAAGCUGUCCUUCUCAGAUCUGUCUGUGGUCUCAGCCUACUCUACCUUUAAUGGAUUUUGCAGUGAUUUGGAAGCUACUCUUCCCUCACAAAGGCAAAGUGUCAGUAUAUCUAAACAGGCUGUCUCCAGGGGAAGGCCGUUGUCAGCCAUGUGCAGUACCCUUGAGCUCCCUAGUGGUUCACUUCCAUCUCUCUCCGAGUGGUCUUCCAGCUCUUUCUUGUCAUCUUCCGCAUCCUCCUUAGCAUCUCACUGCCAACUCAGACAGUCACCAGGAGCAACCCCUUGUUCUCUGAAUGAUAGGAAAACAACUGGCAGCAUUCAUCCAGGCUCUCCAACCAACGAGGAGGAAUUCUACAUCUGAGCUUUCUCCAUGCUGAACCUUUUAAUGUAAAUUUGUGCAUAUGUGAAUUACAGCAGUGCAUUUCCACCAUCUGAGCCAUCUGUGCUGGCAAGUUCCUUGCUCCUUCCUGAGGGGAGGGUGUUACAUCACUAAAUGUUGUAAAUGUUGUGAAAGGUUCCCACACACCACUGUAAUGGGUGCCUCAUAAAUGUGUAUUAUAAUAUCAGGUGAGGUUGUGUCCACUGGAUUCAUGUGGAGAGGAACCUCGAUGUGUAGCUGUGCAGGUAGGAGGUUUGCGCUCAGUGUCCUUCAGCUCUGGCGAAGGGGGUUUGGGAGACUGACCCUUAGCAUGUAGAGCAGGAAGUGCCCAGGGAUGCACAUGUUAACCCACCUUCCCCUGACAAGUAUCUGUAAAGAUGCUGAAAAGAAAAUACAACCUCAAGCUGCAUUAACUUUUCUGAGAAGCUCUCUCCACACUGGCGAACCCUUCCCCACCUCCUUUAUGAGGUUCCAGAGGCAGCUAUGAAAAGGGCCGACCCUAGCAACAUGACUCCAGUAGAGCCAGAUAAGGAGGCUGAGGGCCCCAGAACCAUUGUAGAGGCACAAGCCUCCAGCUGAUCUUUGAGAAUCUGCAGAUUCGGGGAGAGAACGUCCUGUUUGCUCCAUGGGGAAGAAGGAACCCGCACCAUAUCCCCAAUCUGAUGGACCGAUUUUGGGAAAAUGCCAUGAGGGGAACCUUGAGGAGCUUUUCUCCCCAUCUCUCCCCCCUCCCUCCCACCCAAGUCAAAAGUGUUUUUCAUCAUAUGGGAAGGGAGCAGGGCGACUCACUGUUAAAAAUGCACUGCAGCUCCCUAUUUUUAGGGGUUUGUUAUUUUGGUUGUAAAAAAUUCACCCCAUACAUAAACAUAGUAUUGGUGGUCCCAGCCCAAUUUCUGUGUAAGACAAAUUUCUUGCCAAACUUGUCUGAAUUUUUAAUUUAUCUAAAGGGAAAAACAUGUAGAAUUGUACUGGCCUUUUUAUCAAGUUACAUUUUGGCAAGUUGUUACAGUAUAAUGUGGCAAGCUGUUAUGGUGUAAUUACUUUUGAUAUUUUGGAAAAACGUUUACAUGGAGAAGCCAUUAGUCUGAGAAAUGGCUAAGUACCUUUAUAAGGAUUUUUACCAUCUAUUUCAAACUUUUCUGACAAUAUAUCUCUGUGUUAAACACGACUGACGCUGAAUGUUGUUCUGGUCUAGGCACUAAGAACGUUACCUGGUUUAAAGUAGUGUUUACAAAACUGUAUUUAAUAAUAGACAGGUACAGCUGCAGAAGAUCCACUCUGAUCAGUCAGUAAAUAAAACUAGGGAGGAAGAAUGAUCUUGUGUGUAUUACUCCGCAGCGUUACUCCGAACAAUACUAUUCAUUUUAAAACAGCCUAAAUAAAUAGUUACAUAAGAGAGUGGAACAGCUCCAAAAACCUUCAUUCUAACCCCCAACUAAAUAUACAGUUUAUACUAUUCCACUAACCAUCCUUAAAAAAAAAAUGCAGUCUGGAAGAAAUAAAUAUAAAAUCAUUCUGUUUAAACACCAUUAAAGUUGUAACCCAAAUCCACAAAAGGCAGGAAAUUGACAGUAAAGGCUUGAAGGAAUUGGCAGUCAAUUCACUGACCCUCCUUUAUGCUGUUCGGCAUUUUUUGCUUUUUUCCCCCCCACAGUGAUAGAGAAUGGUGCAUCUGCCUCAUCUAGAGUUUCCUGCCUGUAGUCAGCUACUGAGACAACAUGAACUGCCUGGAAACCUUGUCUUCUGUAUUAACUAUAAAAAUAGGAUUUUAUUCCAGAUCUGGACACCCAGCUGAAUAUUAGCACUUUCCCCACCACUACCACCCAGAGCUGUUUGGGUUCACUCCAACUUUUGAUAAACGACCCUGUUCAGAGAUGCUUGGAAGCAGAAACAGCAUGAAUGAGGGAUUUAACAUGGUGUUUGAAUGUUUACCAACUAUCAGCCUGCUCCAAAGCCCAUCAAAGUCCGUGGGAGUCUUGGGGUUUAGGUCAGUCAGACUUUAGGGUAUGUCUAAAAAACCUGCAGCAUCGAGUCUCAGAGGCUGGGUCAGCUGGCUCGGGCUUGUGGGGCUCGGGCUGUGGGGCUAAAAAUUGCAGUGUAAACCUUCAGACUUCAGCUGGAGCCCAGGCUCUGAGACUCAAUACUGCAGGGUCCUUUGCAGGGUCUCAGAACUGUUAGAGCACAGUAGGCCUGAUUUGCCACUGUCAUGGGCUAUAUGUAAUUAUUUACAACUGGGCAAAAUAUGUGUAGAACACUACUCGAUCAGAAUGGUAGCAUUUUGCACUCACUUGGCAAAUGACUAUGCAAGGUGCAAGUCAGUGAAGAAUCAGGCCCAAUAGGUUUAGACCAGGGGUGGGCAAACUACGGGCCGGAGCCAUUUUAAGCCGGCUCACGAGCUCCCGCUGGGGAGCUGCCUGGCUGCACCUGGCUCCACGUAGGAGCCGGAGAAGGGACAUGCCACUGCUUCCAGCAGCCACUUGAGGUAAGCGCCACUCAGAGCCUGCACCCCUGAGCCUCUCCCCACGCCUCUGCCCCAGCCCUGAUCCCCCUCCCACUCUCCAAACCCCUCAACCCCAGCCCAGAGCACCCCCAUGCACCCCAAACCUCUCAUCCGCAGCCCCACCCCAGAGCCCGCACCCCCAGUGAGAACCUGCAGCUCUUCCCACACCCCUGCCCCAGCCCUGAGUCUCCCUCCCGCCUUCCAAAACCCUUGGUCCCAGCCCUGAGCACCUUCCUACAUCCCAAACUCCUCAUCUGCACUCCCAACCAGAGCCCACACUCCCCUCCCGCACCCCAACCCCAAUUUUGUGAGCAUUCAUGGCCCGCCAUACAAUUUCUAUUCCCUGAUGUGGCCCUCAGGCCCACCCCUGGUUUAGACUAAUGGCACAAUAUUCUUCUCUAAAAUGUGUGGUGGCACAAAGAUAAAUGAUGAAAUAACAUUGUGAAGCCAUUUUACCAACACUAGCCAUUUUCAGAUAUGACAAUUAACAGGAAAGAAUUGGUUCACCCUUGUCAAAAAAAGUGUUUUAUCAUUCAUUAUUUGGGAAAAGGCAUAUUCAAAAUAUUUAUAAUACUUAUAAAAAGUCAUCAAAACAUGGAAUCAGAAGAUCUUCAGAGAACUGACUUCAGCUGACAUGUCUAUUCAUUCCUGGAACCAUGUCAGUGUUCAGACUCCUGACGGAAGCUGACUUGUUCUACUACUGGAGAGAAGACUUGGAAAUAUCUGUCAAUCUACAGCGUGCCUUAUGACUGGAGUUCAGCAUAGCUGAAUGCAAUAGCCUGGCUUUAUCAGAAGUAUUGAUGAUGUUGAAAGGCUGCAAAUUAGCACAAGAUAGCAAAUUACCAAGUAGCAACUAAUGUUAAUAUACGGGAAUGGGAACAUCUAAACUCCAGACUGUAUCACGUAAACCAAUAUAGGAAGGAAGCCAAAUUAAUUUCAACAGACUCAGAAGAGAGAAUUUAUAUUGUCUCAGAUGGUUCUGUUCUUCCAAGUACUUCUACUCUGUUUACUGAUAUUUAACUAGAAAAUAAUGUUCUAAUUUUUUAAGUUCUGUAUGAAUAAUUCAUGGGGUGUGUAACAAAAUUGUGGAAUCACAAAAUGCUCCACUGAGAGGAAACGGAAUAAUAUUAUUGUACUGAAACCUUUUAUGUUAUAAAAAUAAAAGCCAGCUUUUCAAGAGUGUUUCAAUUAAAAUAAGUGUCAUUAGUUCCCUUUUCUAUAAUUUAAAAGGGAGUUGAACUUAUCCAGAUGACUGGAGAUGCACAAGGUUCAUGCUAUGGCAUUUUGCUUAUGUAUCAUAUAACUGUUGUUAUAUUAUGAACAGGAUCAGUAGAAAAUUGCAGAUUUCCCCUUAACUUCCUCUCUUCUUCCAUGCCAGCAUAUGUUGCUUUUAUCAAAUAAAAUAUAGACAGAAAGUUAAUUGUAUUUAAACUUCUGUGUGUUCAUUUAUUAAACACAGUGGAGUCAUAUUGGUUACUUUAG